AAAGAUCCUAGUUAUUUUGUUUACUCAGAUGCUAGCGCCACUGAAGGCGGUGCAUUCAUUGACUUUAACAAUGACUUUGUGUGUCACAAAUUGUGGACGGAGAACGAAAGUUUGCGAAGCUCAACAUGGAGAGAGUUAUCUGUUAUUGAAUUUUCAUUGAAAUCAUUUGCCCCUGUACUUAAAGGAUCGCACGUUAAGUGGUAUACUGACAGCCAAGCCGCUGCCAAGAUUGUUGAAGUGGGCAGCAUGAAACUUGAUCUACACAGGAUCGCGCGGAGCAUUUUCAGUAUUUGUAUCCAGUCGGGGAUUCAUUUAGAGGUCCAGUGGAUUCCACGUACUUUGAAUCAGCAAGCUGACUAUAUAAGUCGAUUAAUUGAUACCGAUGAUUGGCAAAUUACCAACGAAUUUUUUCUAUUUCUUGAUGAGCGUUUGGGGCCCCAUACUGUUAAUUGUUUUGCCAGUUAUUACAAUCACAAACUCCCCAAAUUCUUUUCAAGAUUCUGGAAUCCCAAUACUGCAGAUGUCGACUUCUUCUUUCAGCUUCUUGGCGAGGAAAAUUGUCUAGUGGUUCCACCAAUUCACAGGCUAUAUUAUCGCCUUGAGAAUGGAAUUUACUGAGUAACAAUUUGGACUUGUUCAUCAAGUGUGUUGGCACUGGCCUAAGCAAUGGUUUGAUUUCAUGAGGCACUGGCCGAAACAAUGAUUUGCAUCUUGUGGCACUGGCCUAACAAUGAUGUCUUGUUUUAAGGGCACUGGCCCAGACUCCGGCCCAAACAAUGAUCCAUUGGGCACUUUGGGAUUCCCAUCUUAUUGUCACUACACUAAGGGCGUGCGUUUUGUUCCUUUUAGUUUGUAUGUUAUGUUCUUUUUUUUUUUCAGAUAAUUUCUUCAAGCAAGUCAUGGAAAGGUUCCCCAGUUCUUUCGUCAUUGAAAGCCAAUCAGGUUUUAGACGUGAUGUUGAAAUCCAGAGCAGAUGCUGCAGCAAAAUCCUAUAUGCGAGUUAUUAAGAAGUUUUUGGAUUGGUGUAAAUGCAAGCAAAUAAGCUUUGAGCUACCUUUUCCUUUAGGUGUCGUAUCUCUUUAUUUGUUCGAAGUCCAACAGUCUUGUAGUUCCAGUUCUUCUGUAAUUUUGACUCACGCUGCCCUUAAAUGGCUACAUUCAUUUGUUCCUAGUCUUGAUUGUAACCCAUUGGAUAGCGAUUUUUGCAGAAAUAUUAUCGAAUCUGCCAAACGCCAGAGGUCACAACCGAUUGUGAAAAAGAAACCCAUUACCACAGAAAUCAUUAGGAACAUAUUGGAUGUUCAUAACAAGGAAGAUUCUAAUCUGAAGGAUCUUCGUAUUGCCGCAUCAUGCUCAUUAGCUUUCGCAGGUUUUCUUCGGUAUGACGAGUUAUGUAAUAUCGUUCCGAAGCAUAUUGAGUUUCAUAAUGAUUAUAUAAGGAUUUUCUUGCCUCGAAGAAAAACCGAUAUUUAUAGGGAAGGGAAUUAUGUCUAUAUUAGCGCUUCCACAUCUAAGUACUGUCCUGUCGGUGUCUUAAGGAGGUAUUUGAACCUUUCUGGGAUUGACAGCAAUAGUAAUCUUCCUUUAUUUAGACCUAACUUUUCACCCUAG